UCCUAAACCCUAAAGUACAAGAAAUUGGGAAUCAGCUAUUUCAGCGGCAAUUUAUCGCGGAAUUCCGAUGAUGGGAAGCUGGUGACGGCGGUGUGAGGUUGUCGGAGCGGGCAACGCAACGAGGAAGAAGAGAUUUUCAUAUUCUCUAGAACCACGCUGAAGCUAAGAUGACUCUUCACUCCAUUUUGAUUCAGAAGCUAUUGAGCACCAACGCCCAUGCUGGUCGUAAAGUUGUCACUCACCAUUUCAAGCUAUAUACUUAUGGGAUCCGCAAUCAAUUGGCCGUCAUUGACUCCGAUAAAACCCUAAUUUGCAUGCGCAAUGCCUUGAACUUCAUUGGCUCAUUGGUCCGCCUGAAAGGUCGUUUCAUGUUCGUUAAUACCAAUUGGCUUUUCGAUGAGAUCAUUGAAGAAAUGACGAAGAAGAUUGGGUGUUACAGGCCUAGUGACAACGCACUUUGGAAGAUGAGUGGAAUUCUCACUAAUAGUGGAAGUCCUAAGAAGUUCAGGUCGAGGCGUAAGAAGCUCGUUUUUGGACCAACUCAACCGCCCGAUUGUUUGGUGGUUAUUGAUACGGAUAGAAAAUCAUCAGUGAUUUUGGAGGCAGACAGAUUGCAGAUUCCGAUUGUGGGUCUUGUGAACUCAAACAUGCCAUUGGAGAUCUAUAAGAAGAUUGCUUAUCCUAUUCCGGCCAGUGAAUCUGUUCAAUUUAUCUAUUUAUUCUGUAACUUGAUAACGAAGACCUUCCUUUACGAACAGAAGCGAUUGUCUUCUGCUAAAGCAGUUGCUGUCGAAGAGGAACUUCCCAAGGCUCAACCAAGAGAGGAAUUGAAUCGCAAAGAGGAGCAGAUGAAAAUCGAUGAUUUUUUGAAGAAAGAAGUGCUUCUUGUUCCCUAUGAAAGUCUAGCGCCUCUGCCAGAUGACAUAGCAGAUACUAAAAAUCUUUUGGACAAGCUCGUUGUUUUGAAGUUCAAUGGAGCUUUGGGCACAGCUAUGGGUUUUAAUGGGUCCAAAUCUGCUCUCAAAGUUUGUGGUGAUUCAACUCCCCUUGACUUAUUUGUUGAGCAAAUUGAGUUACUAAAUGCAAAGUAUGGAUGCAAAGUUCCAUUGAUUCUCUUGAAUUCUGUCGAAACACAUGAUGAGACAUUGAAGGCGGUGGAACAGUAUAAGAAGUCUAGAGUUGAUGUUCAUUCUUUAAUUCAGGAACAGACGUUGCAGCAGGAUUUAUCUCAAAAACCACAGGAACAUGAUGAUUUGUACACUUCUGAUCAUGGCCCGCUGCUCUCCUUACUGACUGGUGGAACUCUCGAUGUACUAUUAUCAAAGGGUAAGGAGUUUGCUCUCGUUGUUGGCUCAGAUAGUGUGGCCGCUGUUAUUGACCCACAAAUCUUAAAUUAUUUGAUCCACAAUAAGAUCGAAUUUUGCAUGGAGGUAACACCUACAGCUGCAUUGGAAUCAAGUAGCAGCUCUAAUUCAACUCCAGAGAGGUGUCAGCUUGCGGAUAUUGCUUUAGAUUCAAGUCAGCCAAUGGACAAAUACAAAUUUUCUGAUACAAGAAACUUGUGGCUGAAUUUGACUGCCGUUAAGAGACUAGUGGAUACAAAUACACUAAAGAUUGGGAACUCAUUUUCAGAGGUCGGAAGCAGCGAUCAAAUGCUCAGGCAAAAUACUGCAGUAGGUUCAAUGAUUAAGGUGUUUGAUCGAGCUGUUGGUAUUAAUGUCCCACAUUCUCGUUCACUACAACUGAGUUCAACUUCGGAUUUACUUCUUUUACAAUCAGACCUAUACACAUCUAAUAAAGGCUUAGUAGUUCGAAAUGCAGCUAGAGCUAGUCCUGUAAAUCCAUCAAUUGACUUAGGUCCUGAAUUUGAAAAGAUUAAUGAUUUCCAAAAUCGAUUCAAGUCAAUCCCCAGCAUUGUUGAGCUGGAUAGCUUGACAGUAAGAGGAGACGUCUGGUUUGGAUUGGGUGUCACUCUCAAGGGGAAAGUUAGUAUUGUCGCAAAACCUGGGGUGAAGUUGGAAAUCCCAGAUGGUGCAGUGCUUGAGAAUCAGGAGAUUAACGAUCCCGCAGAUAUUAAACAAUGAGAUCAUAUCUUGUCAAAGCAUGAAGCUUUACCAGAACAAUGUUCUUUCCUCAUAUACAAACUGAGUUUUGGAGCUCUUCCCUUCUCCCAGAAUUUUCUUCAAUCUCUCAUUUCAUUUUCAAGAAUUGGAUAUAGGAAGUCGUGGCAGAGCAGCGAACGUAUUCUUUCAUUAGUGCUAAACCAAAAAAAUUCAAAACACAUUAGCCUAGCCAUGCCUCUUUGUAACUUCAUGAGUGCAAUAAUUUAGCCUCGACCCGAUUUAUGCUUGUUGUCACAUAAGAGAUGGCUCAUUAUAAAAGGGAUAUCGACUUGUUUCAUCAUUCAGUAAGUUGCUCAGAUCGUUAUAUAGAUUAAAUAUAACGUUUUUGUUUC